AUGGUGCACCAUCGGCUCCCUGUCAAGGGCAGCUUCGAAUUCGCCGAUGGCGAGACACCGCCGCGACACAGACACCCGAAUCUCGGUGGCAAGGAUGUCAUUACUCGCCUUUCUUGCCGCACACCGAUCUCAACAGUCUCCGCGUGCUCAUGUGUGCAGCAACGCCACAUCGGCAAAUGCGGCGCGACACCAGCCUCCAUCACCACCGAUAUCACCAUGCCCAUCAUGCCACCGUUGAUUCUGUGGGCGGUUGGCGAGGCAGUGCUAUCCCAGGUAGACAAUCUGCAAGACCCACGGCCCGCUGACAAAUUUGGAGGCCCACAGGACACGGAUCGCCUGGACGAGGUCGGGCUGGGCAACGGCACCCAGCCGAAAGUGGAGGGCAAGCGAGCAUGGAGCCAGUGGGCGUGUGCACUGAUGUGCGCAAGCAGAGCCGCAGAAGGCUGCUGUUCCUACAAAGACGACUCGGGCAGCUGUGAAUUCCUUCCUGGGAGCCCGGCGAGAACAACUGAAACAGGCUGGACACAGGCGCAAUGCAUUCCAGGCUUCGGCACUGCGAAGUGCACGCCAUGGAGUGCGGGCCGCUGCGGCCGCGCCGGUGCCAAGCCGGAGCCGGCCUCGCCUGGGCUGCCGGUCUGGGAGCUCAUCUGGGAGGAUCAUUUCGACUCUGAGACUUGCGUCCCUGAUACGUCGGGAGUCCUGCGGCCUAGCCCGGAGUUCUGGAGCGCUGAAAUCGGAUACAAGAGGGGCAAGGACCCAUGGGUGGUGUCGAAACCUUCGGCGAAGGGUUCGCUGCAUAUGUGCCUGGAAAGAGACGACAGAUAG